CAAGAUCCAGCAGCUGCGCAGGUCUGACCCAGCUGCCUUUGAGUCCCGCCUGGAGAAGCGCAGUGAGUUCCGAAAGCAGCCAGUGGGGCACUCCAAACAAAGUGAUUUUAUCAGACAGAUGCCUUGGGGAAACAGCCUGUGAGCAAAGGAUUCACUAAGGACAAGACUCUCAGUUCAGUCUUCAAUGUUGAGAUGGUGAAGGACAAAACCGGAGAGGAAAUAAAACAGAUUUGGCAGCAGUAUUUUUCAGCAAAAGACACUGUCUACGCAGUUAUUCCUAAAGAGAAGUUUGAUGUGAUCUGGAACCGGGCUCAGUCCUGCCCAACAUUUCUUUGUGCACUACCAAGAAGGGAUGGUUAUGAGUUCUUUGUAGGACAAUGGACAGGUACAGAGCUCCACUUCACUGCACUUAUAAAUAUUCAGACCCGAGGGGAUGCAGCAGCCAGCCAGCUGAUUUUAUACCACUAUCCUGAACUUAAGGAAGAAAAGGGCAUAGUGCUGAUGACAGCAGAAAUGGAUUCCACAUUUCUGAACGUUGCCGAGGCGCAGUGCAUCGCCAAUCAGGUUCAGCUCUUCUACGCCACUGAUCGGAAGGAGAUCUAUGGGCUAGUAGAGACCUUUAACUUCAGACCAAAUGAGUUCAAAUAUAUGUCUGUCAUCGCUGAAUUGGAGCAAAGUGGACUUGGAGCAGAACUGAAAUGUGCCCAGACCCAAGAUAAGACUUAGAGAUAUCUGGAUUGGCCCUUCACAGUGCUGACUCAGUCCUGGAUAGCCUGAAGCCCACCCACGCCCUUGAAUUCCAGAGCUCAGCAUCUGCAGCAAGCAGUCUGUCAAGAGUUACUGUGUGUGCAAGAAGUGAUUGUGGACCUGAACCCUACUACUUGAUAUUCAGGAACAAAGAUAUACAAAUAUUCUGAUAAUUACCUCUCAGCAUAAGGGUUCCUGUUCAGUGUUUCUGGCCUUUAGAAUGAGAAACAUUCAGAGAUGCAUAUGACUAUUGGCUGGGUUUUAUUUCGUGUAAUAGUGCAGUUGCAUUCUGGCCGUUUUGACCUCAUAGCUCCCAGUUCUGCGUCUUCAUAAUUGUAUGUAGCAAUAAGCUUGAAGAUCCUAGAGAUGUUGGCUUUAUGGACUCUUUCCAUGCACCAGUGAGCUGGCUAAAACCAUAACCCAAAAAUCUGGCCAGACUCUAAUACAGCCAGCGAUUCUCACCAGAAUAAAGACUUGUAGAUGCCCCUCCAGAGUUGCCUUCAAUGUAACUCAGUGAAUUACGGGUAUACUCAAAUAGACAGGUACAGUGCCUGCAUACUGUUAAACUUUAGCUUAUGGCCCUACUCCCUGAACUCCGCCUGUGAGAAGCCAAUGAAUCACUACAGUGUAAAUAAAACCUUUUUCUAAGGAGAUCAUUAGAUUUGCAUGAUUAAAAAAAUAAGUGUAAUGUGAAUUGGGUUCAAAUGUUCCCAGAUUGGACAUAGGGAAUGCAGCAAUAAAAUAAGUCUCGUUUUCAGUUCCUGUUACACAGAAUAGUGGAAACUAAGCUUUAUACUGUUGGUGGCAUCCAUGUCGUGGGUUAAUUUUAUCAGAACUUGUCUUGAGGCUCAGUGAUUUCUUGAAACACCAGAAAUAAGCAAGUUAUUCCCCAGCACCAGAAGCACAUGUCGCUUUGUGGCUCCAAGUUCAUUGGUGAAAAAGGAUGGUAGGUCCAUACCAAAGCCCUGGGUGUCCCCCAGCAUUAUUGGCUCUCCCUGUACCACACCUGUCAUUUGGUCUUAAUCUGCCACCAACUGAUCUUGUUGGAUGCCACCAAAUACUGUGAGUAGAAACUUAAGUAGUGUUUUCAAUUUAUUGUAUAUGUUCUUCUUUACGGUUGUUUUGUUUUGUUUUGUUUUGUUUUGUUUUUUAGGGUAGGCCUCUCCCAAAGCGUUUUAAGUAGGGGUGGUAGUUUGAAUAAAAAUGACCUCCGUAGGGUCAUGUAUUUGAAUGUUUAGUUGCCAGGGAGUAGAACCAUUUGAAGGUGUGUGUGUGUGUGUGUGUGUGUGUGUGUGUGUGUGUGUGUGUGUCUGUCUGUCUGUCUGUCUGUCUGUCUGUCUGUCUGUCUGUCUGCACCUGCUUGUGGUCCGGAUGUAUCUCUCAGCUAUUUCUCCAGUACCAUGCCUGCCUGCUGCCAUGCUGUCUGCCAUGAUGGUAGUGGACUACGCCUCUGAAACCGUAAGCUAGCCUCCAAUUAAAUGCUUUCUUUUGUAAGAGCGGCCUUGGUCAUGGGAUCUCUUCACAGUAAUAGAACAGUGACUAAGGAGGCUUGGCCAUCCCAUUCUUUUCUGAAGCGAGAAACAUAAUGUUUACUUAACUGAAGAAGCUGUGCUGUAUUUUGGGCUUUUCUAAAGGUUAAGUUCAUCUCUAAUGCAGCUUCUAGACCCCACUAUGGUCUCAAGUGCGCAUUUUGAGAAAUUUGAGUCCUAUCAACCCUGCCAUUUUCCUUAAAUGCCUUUCAAGCUUCUGACCGAUAUAUGUGCCAAGAUUCUUAGGCAUUUGGUAGGGUUGUUUUUGUGGGUGUCCAUUUAUGUCUGUUUUCUCUCCAGAUAGACCCAGUUCUUAGCCAUAGAACAUUUCCAUGAUGCCUCCACUAGAUGGUAAAAACAUGAGAGAAAAAAAGAACUAACCAUUUAUUUCAUAGUUCUUCCCAGCUUUGCCCUCAGUCCCAUCUUGCCAAAGAAGGACGAUGCUUCCACUGGUAAUUAUAGCAGACAUGACUAAAGUACCAUCUGAAUGUUGCUAAUAUUUAUUUUACUAAAGAGAGCUAGCAAAUAAUAAGUGAAAAUCCCAGCAGUUAGUCUAUACAUUUGUUCCCUGACUCCCGAAUGGUGUUUCUAAGAUGGUGGUAGGCUUUGAAGCUUGUUGAAUUGGUUCAGAUAUCACCGUUACUUUCAUUAGCUUGUUAAUGACUAAUUACUUUAAGUCUUACUUUUCUUCUGAACAUGAGGAUGAUCUCUACCUCAUAGGAUCAUUGUGAGACUCCAGUUAGCUUAUAUACAGAGUAAGUGGAUCUAGUCCAUGCCGAGUUCCUUCCUCUCCUUCACUUCUCUGCUUCAUUAAAGACCAAUACAGGGUCCCGAAUUAUAUUCGGGCCCUGAGUUCAGUUCCCAGCACCAGACAGGAAGGAAGUUAAGUCAGCAUUUCAGAUGUACAGACCACUCUUCCUUUCCACUUAAACAAGUUCUAACUCACUGAUUCUUAACCUGAGAUACAGUGGAAUCACUUCAGAGCUCUUUAAAAUGCAGUUCCGGGGCCCUGACCUGCUGAAUCAACUCGUCCCAGUGCCGAACAAAGCACUGGGAACCUACAUUUUAGUAUGCGUUGUAGCUAACUCUGAUGUAGGUGAGUGGUGAGCAAACCAUUGCCUUACCUGUUCCUUAUAGAAGUGUCCACUAGGGUUGGGGAUUUAGCUCAGUGGUAGAGCGCUUGCCUAGGAAGCGCAAGGCCCUGGGUUCGGUCCCCAGCUCCGGGGAAAAAAAAAAAGAAGUGUCCACUAGAUGGGUCUUUCUCACCUGCAGACAUUCACAUGGGAUUUAGAUUCUCUGUUCUCUGUCUUCCUGAUAAUCCCUAUUCCUGAUAGUUCCAGUGUGCCCCACUUACAGUGUAUUAUAUUUUCUUGGGUGUGUUUACCCCACUAGACUGUGAGCUCCUUGCGAGUCAGGAUGUAUCUUUAUUCUCAGUGCCAGAGACAUGACCUGAACCACAGAAGAAACUCAACUGUUGAACAAAUAAAUGAUACAGAUUUUAACCACAA